UAGUUGCUAUGCUCUCAAAGCUGCUUCUCUCUAAUGUCUCUGCUCUUCGAGUGGGAAUGAGACCUUUGGCUCGAAGCUUCGCCACACGCUUCUACGAUUCUCCUCUCUACAGAAACCUGAAGUCUGAAUACGAAUCCGUGGCGGAGACGCAAGAAAAAGACGUCACAGAGAGUCUCCAGAAAAUGACGAAGCAGUUUAACAAAAUGGGUUGGGAAGUAUCGAAUGAGUGGGGCUCCUCCGUGGUUGCUCUUUCGAAGCCUAUCGCCGAGGACGAAGAUGUUUUUAUCUCGUUCAAAGCAGACAUGCAGAGCGAUCUUUCCAUUCCUGAAAAUAAGACCUCCGAGGACGCUGAGCUCCAGUUCAAGGUGUUCCAGAACGUGGGCACGCACACUCGAGAGACCACGCAGGAGAAUGGCGAGCCGGAAGAGAGCUUCGGCAUCGAUCUGCAAAUGAUUUUUGUGUGCAACUCAUCCAAAGACAAGCCUUUGGAAGUUGUGCACAUGGAUAGUGCGGUGGGAGUCGACAGCGAGACCGAAGAAAUGGACAUGGAAGAGGAGAGAUACCCGGGUCCUCCUUACGAUGAGUGGGACGACUCGAUCAAGAACAGCGUGGUGGCGCACUUAAAGGACCUGGGAAUCACAGAGAACUUUUCCAAGUUGUUGCUGCAGUUCGCUCUGGAUAAGGAGUACAGCGAGUACAUUAACUUCCUGAGAAAUGUUGCUGUGGUUCCCGAGGAGGAGGGAGACAACGGAGAGGCCGCUCCGCAGGAACAAUAA